CUGUAUUUAAGGGCUGGACUCAGCCACUGGAAGUAUGUCUGAGUCCAACAGUAAAGUGACAAGAUGAAGUUGCUCGUGGUCCUGUCAGCUCUCCUGGCUUUCUCCGAAUGCUUCCAUAAGAUAUCCCUGAUCAAAGGAAAAACUGCCAGGCAAGACCUGCAGGAGAAGGGACUAUGGGAAGAGUACAGGAAGCAGUAUCCAUACAACCCCGCGGCAAAGUUCUACCAGACUGGUUCUGAGGCCAUGACCAACGAUGCUGACUUGUCCUACUAUGGUGUGAUCUCCAUUGGCACCCCUCCUCAGUCCUUCAGCGUCGUCUUUGACACCGGCUCCUCCAACCUGUGGGUCCCUUCAAUCUACUGCUCCAGCCCGGCCUGCAACAACCACAGGAAAUUCAACCCAAGUCAGUCCAGCACCUUCAAAUGGGGCAGUGAGACUCUGUCCAUCCAGUAUGGCACCGGCAGCAUGACUGGACGUCUGGCCAUUGACAACGUUGAGGUGGGCGGCAUCACAGUGUCCAACCAGGUGUUUGGAAUUAGCCGCACAGAGGCUCCCUUCAUGACCCAUAUGAUAUCUGAUGGUAUCCUGGGACUGGCCUUCCAGAGCAUCGCCUCUGACCAGGUCGUGCCUGUCUUUGACAACAUGGUCAAGGACGGACUGGUGUCUCAGUCCGUGUUCUCCGUCUACCUGAGCCGCAAUAGUGAGCAGGGCAGUGAGGUGGUCUUCGGUGGCGUGGACAGCAGCCACUACACUGGACAAAUCAGAUGGAUCCCUCUGACCUCUGCCACCUACUGGCAGAUCAAAAUGGACAGUGUUAUGAUCAAUGGACAGACUGUGGCCUGCGCUGGUGGCUGCCAGGCCAUCAUUGACACUGGUACUUCCAUGAUUGUUGGCCCAACCAGUGACAUCCAGAACAUAAAUUCCUGGAUUGGAGCCUCAACCAACCAGUACGGAGAAGCUGAAGUGAACUGCCAGAACAUCCAGCACAUGCCUGAAAUCACCUUCACUCUCAACGGACAGGCCUUCUCCGUCCCUGCGUCUGCCUACGUCUCAAAUAGCUACAACAGCUGCCACAGUGGCUUUAGCGGUGACUCUAAUCUCUGGAUCCUGGGAGAUGUCUUCAUCAGGGAGUUCUACGUCAUCUUUAAUUCCGAGACUAAGACCGUUGGCCUGGCCCAGUCUGUGUAA